AUAUAGGGAUGACAAUCUUCUACCACAUUGGUGAAUUGGAAGGGAAUAUGCUCACUAUCUCAUCUCUUAUUUAUUUUAUUUUAUGCAGUACUAAUAAAAAAAAAGUAAUGUUAGAAAAAUAAAUAAAUAAGUAAAUGGAUUCAAACCUGAUUUUAUCUUUUUGCCACUCCUAACUGAAUUGUUCGUUCGUGCAGAGAUUGAUUGUGUACUAAUUUAGAAGAUUGAGACUCAACUUGCUCUUAUUGAGUAGGUUGUGGACCAUUUUAAACUCUGGAAUAACAUUGAUGACCAACUAUGCAAUUCUCCCAUUGUUUCAACUUUCAAUUACGCCCUUAUUAUCCAUCUAUGACUCCUCGACGGAUUUAGGCAACGAAAGUACAAUAAUUCAGGAGCCAUUAAGGAAUCCUUAUUGAAGUAAGAUUACUAGAAAAUCUUAAUCCCAUUCUAUUUUAGCAUUGUUCAAUUAGAACUCGACUUCAUAAAAUCCUAUAAAAUGAAAUUCAGGAUCAAUUAAGGAAACCCUGUUGAAGUAAGAUUAUUAGAGAAUCUUCUCACAUUCUGAUUUAGCCUUAUUCAAUUAGAACUCGACUUCAUAAAUUCCUAUAUAUGUCUGAAUAUGGCAAUUUCCAAUUACAAAUUAUAUUUUCUGUUCAUGUCAUUGCUAUUCCUUUAUUGAGAAAUUAUGGCGUUUAAACCCAAUUUCGACAAUGCCCUGUCGUUCGUUGAUAUUGUGAAGCAACGGUUUCACGAUCAAGAAAGCAUUUAUCGGGAGUUUCGUUAUCUUUGUGAAAGGCUCAGAAGAGAAUUUACAGAGCCAGAAAGUGUAAUUUCACAGGUGAAGAACUUGUUCAGCGGUCAUCCGGAUUUGAUUUCACAAUUCCUCAAUUUUGUGCCAAAGAUUUUACGGAGGGACAAAGAUACUGCUGCUGCUUCUGCUUCUGCUUCAACAACGUCAAGAAAUUCAUCCGAUGAGGUUGGAAGGGAAAAAACAAAAUCCUGUAUUGAAUUUGUGAAUUGGGUUGCGGAAACAUUGCAGGAUGAUUACAAGUUUAAAUCGUUUCUUGAUGCUGUUAAUGGUUUUCGGAAAUACAAGGACAUUGAUCGGGUUCGUGAGAGGGUUUCUGUUAUAUUCAAGGAUCACCCGGAAUUGGAUAUUGAGUUUUCCAGGUUUUUACUGGAUGCUGUGCUGCGGCAGAUAACUGAAUGUGAAGAAGUCCUGUUCGAUUGUGAGGAAAAAAUGUAUGAAUUUGACAUGAAAUAUCAUUCUUUGAAAUCAAAUAUGGAGGCCGUGGAUCGAAUGGCAGAGGAACUGAAAAAAAAUCAGAACGAGUCGACCUCCAUUGAAGAUUACCUAGCCACCGUAAAGUCGCGUCUGAAUAAAAAGUACAUGAAGCUUAAUCAGGACCGCGAAAGGUCCAAGAUAAAGUGCGCAAGAAAUAUGAAAGAAACCCAUGAAAAGAUAAACAAUCUUAUGGUUUCUGUCAAGAAAGCAAGUGCAAGUGCAAAGAGGUCGAGCACAGAAUCAACACUUAAGGCUGAAGACAACAAGGAGAAUACUUUCUCGGAGAAUGAGGCGAAUCCAAUAUCUGAUCCCGAGCAAGUUCAGAGGGUUAAAAGAGUCAGAAUAAUAUAUUCUAAGGGUUGAUCGUAAAAAUUUAUCACCUAACCAAUUGAAGUAGACAAACACAAUUUCAUGCCAUUUUUACAGCGGUUGUCAUGAUCUAUUUGCACUUUUUGAAAAUAU